UCACGCCUAUCCACGUGAUUUCUAAAUGUUGAUUUCUGGAAGGUGGACUGAAUGCAUACACAACAAAUGGUACACUGGGUUUCUCACACACAAUGAGCGAGGAUCAAGAGAUAUUAAGAAUUGGGAAGCAAUUGGAGAAGCUAGCCAACAGUGAUACUGGGAAUGAUGAGCAGGCUCUGGACUUGCUUAGGGCACUACAGGGAGUGGAAAUGUCACUGGAUAUGCUGCAGAAAUCUCGAGUGGGCUUAUCAGUAAACAAACUUCGUCAAAAGUUAUCUGGUAGUGAUGUGUCCUCGGUUGCUAAGAAAUUGAUAAAAUCAUGGAAGAGGCUACUCCCUGGCACACCUGGUCAAAGCCCUGCACCCCUCAAACCAGUCAGAACACCUGAAAGUGUUAAGAAUGAAGCUAUAGAUACACCUAAAUCAGAACGACCUGUGAACCACUCAACUCCACCCCCAGUAGCAUACAACCCAUCAGUGUCAGAACAACCAAUGACAUCGUCACAGCCUAAAAAUAGCAUGGCCAAUGGAGCAUUGCGUCGAAUGUCAUCUACGUCGGAUGAUUUUGUGUUGAUGUUCAGUGGGGACAUAUCAGGCAUUUCAAGGACGGGAUCGACUGGGAAUGAAGUGAGGGAUCGAUGCAGGGACCUCGUGGCCAAGGCACUCAAAAAAGGUUUUGAGAAUGUCUCAAUUGAAGAUGAGAUCAAGUUCUACAAUCUAUCCGCAAAAAUUGAACAACACAUUUUCUCCGAGUAUCGAGACACGGGAAUGAAGUACAAAAGCCAAGUGCGUAGUCGAGUGUCAAACCUUGGAGACCUUAAGAACCCCACCUUUCGACAGGCUGUCAUCAACGGCCAUCUACCACCCUCUAAGGUGGCUGUCAUGAAGACUGAUGAGAUAGCAAGUGAAGAGUUGAAGAAGCUUCGUAAGGCCAUCACAAAGGAGGGAAUCCGAGAGGCCCAAGUGGCCCAAGGAGGAGGCACACCCACUGACCUGCUCAAGUGUGGCAAGUGCAAAAAGAGAAACUGCACUUACACUCAGGCCCAGACUCGGAGUGCUGAUGAGCCGAUGACAACAUUUGCGUACUGUAACGAUUGUGGCAAUCGAUGGAAGUUUUGCUGACUGACAGAACAUUAUUUGUCUAGCACAGUGAUUUUCAAUAAUUUUGUUUGGUUAAAUUUGUGUCAGGUUUUGUCUGUCCUUCCUCUUUCUAUAUAUCAAAUCACAAUUUCUCUA